CGAUGGACGUGGGACACGGUGGACAGAACGAGGAGCAUCUCUUUCUGCUGUGCUGUGAUUAUUGAGGAAAAACCUGCUUAAUUACCUCACACAGACACACACACACAUUUAUAUACAGAACUCAUUCACACACACUGAAACACACCAGACUGAAGAUAACCAGCCGUCGUUGGGACGUCUUCCUGCUGAGACGCAGCAUGUGGGAGGAGAACUUUGAUACAGAGCAUGAGGUUGGCCGUAAGCUUGACUACUCGCCGGUGUCGUGGCGGGAGUAUUUUGACCAGAUGGAGGAUGUGAGCGUGGGGCUGGCCGACAGCGGGGACGUCUUCAGGAUCUAUAAAGCGGGGAGUGAUGGACCUGUACUGGUUCUGCUGCAUGGAGGAGGACACUCGGCCCUGUCCUGGGCCGUCUUCACUACAGCCAUCGCCAGCAGAGUGACCUGCAGGGUACUUGCCAUGGAUCUCAGGGGUCACGGUGCUACGCUGGUUCGCCAAUCAGAUGACUUCUCAACUCAAACUAUGUCCAGCGACGUAGCCAAUGUGAUUCGAGCCUGCUACGGCGAGACCCCUCCCCCCAUCGUGCUGAUUGGCCACGGCGUUGGUGGGGCAAUCGCGGUGCAUACAGCCAGCAACAUGUUGGUACCGACCACCGUGGGUCUGGUUGCCAUAGACGUCGUAGAAGGCAGCGCGAUGGAUGCACUCCACAGCAUACAGAACUUCCUGAAGGGAAGACCCAAGUCCUUCAAGUCCAUGGACCAUGCUAUCGAGUGGAGUGUCAAGAGCGGACAAAUCAGGAACCUGGAAUCUGCCAGAGUCUCGAUGGUUGGUCAGAUCAAAAGAUGCGAGGUGGAGGAGACUGACGCUCUGGAGCAGGCCAGCCCGGCGACCGACGUGGUCGUCGAGCACAACGAAGAGUUCUACGAUCAGAGCUACGUCAACGACAAAGAAAACGCUGUGUCAGAGAGUGUGUACAAGUGGCGUAUAGACCUGUCAAAGUCAGAAAAGUACUGGGACGGCUGGUUUAGAGGAACGUCCAACCUCUUCCUGGCCUGCAACCUGCCCAAACUCCUGUUGUUGGCCGGAAUCGACCGGCUGGACAGAGAUCUGACUAUCGGCCAGAUGCAAGGUAAAUUCAUGAUGCAGGUGCUGCCCCCCUGUGGUCACGCAGUGCAAGAAGACACACCAGACAAAGUGGCUGAGGCUGUGGCCUCCUUCCUGCUGAGACACAAGUUUGCUGAAGCCAGAAGAGAAACCAAAAGCUCCAUCUCCUUCACGCGAUGAGGUCUGAACAUCAGCAGUAAGGAGCUAAAGAUUCAGAGAUGACGACUUCCACAUUUUCCCUGAACACCAGCACAAACCUCUGUUUCUUUCUUCCAUCUUCAACAUUAAUCAGUAGCUGAAAAAGUGACAGUAAAUCUAAAAGUGGCUAUGAGCAAUAUG